AUGUCAGUCCUGUUUACCUCGAUUUCCCCAGACAACCCUGUGAAGAAGGAGGACGCGCAACUCCUUCUGAAUAAUUUCGGCCUCUCAGUCAACCCCGAGGAAGUGGAUGAUUUUCAUACUCUACUGGCAGCCGUCCAUGACUGUGCAGAGGACGUCGCGAAGCUACCAGAUUACCAGCCGGUACCGGAUCUAUCACGUUAUCCCCGACAAAACAUACGGCGACCCUCGCCGGAAGAGCAGGUCUUUGGUCAGGCGUGGGCGCAUAAGUUUUUGAUCAAGGGUAACGCUGACGGAGGUCCCCUGGCUGGAAAGACGGUCAGUUUGAAAGACUGCAUUGCAGUCGCUGGGGUCCCUCAGCUCCUGGGCAGCGAUGUGAUUCCGUCUUGGACACCCAUCACCGAUGCCACGGUUGUUACGCGACUCCUGGAUGCCGGCGCUGAUAUUCUGGGGACCUCGACGUGCGAAAAUUUUUGCCAUUCCACCGGCUCCUAUACUAGUGCUCAGGGUGUAGUCGAGAAUCCUUUUGCGGCUGGUUAUUCUGCUGGUGGUAGCACAUCUGGCGGGGCGGCUCUGGUGGCCGGUGGCCUGGUGGAUAUUACAAUAGGUGGUGAUCAAGGUGGGAGUAUCCGAGUGCCUGCGUCUCUAUGUGGCUGCGUUGGUCUGAAGCCUACACAUGGCCUGGUUCCGUUUACCGGCAUUUCAAGCGGCGAUGCGGUGAAUGACCAUGCCGGACCACUGGCUCGAAAUGUGCAAGAUAUUGCCCUAUGUCUGGAUGCUAUCAGUGGCUACGACGGAAUAGACGACAGAUCGCUCGGCAGUCCCAAGCCUGGAUCAACAGCGUUUUCUAGGACACUUCACGCAGAACCAACGAGGCUCGACGGCUUCAGGAUUGCCCUGUUGAAAGAAGGAUUUGAUCACGCGGCUGUCGAUCCCGCAGUCAGGGAGUGUGUCGGUAUGGCCGCCCAGAGAUUCAAAGAGCUCGGUGCCACAGUUGAGGAGAUCUCUCUCCCAGAGCACUUGCAAGGGCCCGCCAUCUGGACAAUCCAACAGCGCAUAGCAGGCUCCAUGAACCUCCUGGGACAUGCCCACGGAAGAAGAGGCCUGUAUCUGACCGAAAUGGAGCGUGCAAGACUCCCGUGGACAAACGAGAGCUAUCAGAGAGCGUUCCCCGCGACGAAGAACGUCAUCAUCAACGGGUUGUACCUCAGCUCGCGCUUCCCAGAUCUCUAUGGCAAGACCAUGAACAUCGGCCGGAGGCUUCGAGAUCUCUACGAGACGAUCCUGGAGCAGUACGAUGUGGUAAUUAUGCCUACUACUCCGGUCGUUGCACCUAGGCACGGGAAGCGUGGCCUGCCGUUGGAGUCGGUGAAGCCCAGCAUGGGUCUCACGAUAAAUACUGCGAUCUUUGACGUAACUGGCCAGCCGGCAAUGUCUAUUCCUGUUGGAUUUGCCCCGGCCAGGGACGAUGCGAACGUCCAAUUGCCGGUCGGGAUGCAGAUUGUAGGAGGACUGUGGCAGGAGUCGAAAGUCUUGCGAGCCGGUCAUGCAUGGGAGACCCAUUUCAACUGGAAGGAGAAUUGUUACAAUGAAUGUUUAAACUAG